UGACUGUUGUCUUAGUAAAUAACGCGCGUCCACGGACGACGUUUCAUAAAAAAAAAAAAUAUUAAAUUUUAAAUUUAUCGCUCUCGCCGUAGUACCCAAUAUCGUUUUAAUCUCUCAAGCGAAAUGUCGGGCAAGACUGAGUCCGCGCCAGCCGCCAAGAACGAGCGCGACAGUGAAAACUUCUCGUUCAGCCCCAUGCUGUACAACUUCCGAGUGGCGCCACCGCCCGGCCACAACAAGACCUUUUCGCUCCAGCAGCCGCUGGCCACGCUGUUCGACAACCUGAUCACGGUGCUGUGGUCGGUGUACGGCAAGAAAUCGAAAAUCAAAAUCGGUAUCAAUCAAUUGCAAUGGGCGUUGGAGUUCUUGAGAUGCAUGAAAGUGGACUACGGUUACCCGGAAAGCAUAGAGAAAAUCGUCGGUGAGCUGGAAGAACAGCUGAUAUCGCUUUACGCCAAGGUCGGCGAAAAAUUGCAGGAAAACAAACGAAAAAAAGACCUCGAGGAAAUGGAAAAAGACGUCAGCGAGAAAAACUCGAAAAGUUCUGGUAUUGACAAACCAGUGACGGAUACAUUUACAUCGUAUAACGAAGAAGAUAUCAUGGGAAAGCUAGGCGUGAUCAAGUUGACGUUAGAUCCAGUGUCCGGCGAACCGAAAUACUUAAAAGAGUUAAAUUCGUUGGGCAAGAGAAAACAAAAACCACAAGACCCGUGCGCCAAAGAUAAAAAACAAACUAAAAAUUACAUGAUUGGCGCCUUACAAAAGAUUCUAAGCAAAACAACGGAACCGGACACUAAAAACGGAGUCGAAGAAUUGAUAAAAGGUCUUAAAGUCGACAGCGCGGCAUCCAAAAAGACAUAACAUAUACGACUUUGCGGGUGCACUACAUCGCAUGGUAUAAUAUGAUGUUGUGUAUUUCUUUAAACUUGUGUGAAUAAUGCAUUUUUUUAGAUUUUAAUCGUAAUGAAAAAUAAAAUUAUCAAUUACAUAAUGA